CUCAGCGGAGAAAACGUGGAGAGACGCAGCGCAGCAACACCCAAUUUUAAUUAAAUUCAAUUCAAUGAAUUCAUCUUCGAAGAUGAUUCCAAUGCCGUCUCUGGACGGCAGCCUCUUGGCCCUUUCCUUCUCAAUCCCCUCCAUGCUGAUGCAUUCCCUCAACCACCACCACCACCACCCUGCUCCUCCUCGUUGCCAUCGCCAUGGGCUGCGUCCUUGCGAAGCCCUCCAUGAGUUCCCCCCAGCGAGGAAUCGAGAAGAUGAAGGUAGACAAUGGGUAUGUUGGUGGAGGUGGGAGGAGGGCUUUGCCAUCACGGCCGCAUGGAGGAGAGGAGAGGGAAGGGAAUGGACCCUCGCAUAGGAUCUAUCCGCCGCCGCAACCAACGCCCAUGCCCAUGCCCAUGCCCGAUGCCGAUGCCAGUUAGGCAGGUUGCGGGUGGAGAUGUUGAUGAUUUGGUUGAUGGAUGGCCGCGCUGGUUGGUCAAUAAUGUCCCUAAGGAUGUUCUUGCUGGAUUUGUUCCCAAGAGUGCUGAUUCCUAUGAUAAGCUCGCUAAGGUUGGCCAAGGUACAUAUAGCAAUGUGUAUAAAGCACGGGAUCGUGACACUGGAAAGAUAGUUGCCUUGAAGAAGGUUCGCUUUGAUACAUCAGAAUCUGAGAGUGUAAGAUUUAUGGCAAGAGAAAUCAUGAUACUGCAGAAACUAGAUCACCCCAAUGUCAUAAAGCUUGAAGGGCUUGCCACUUCAAGAAUGCAGUAUAGCCUUUACUUGGUCUUUGAUUUCAUGCAGACAGACUUGGCUAGAGUCAUCUCUCGUCCUGAUGGAAGGCUCACUGAACCACAGAUUAAGUGUUACAUGAUGCAGCUGUUGUCAGGCCUGCAACAUUGCCAUGAGAAUGGUAUCUUACAUCGAGACAUUAAAGGAUCAAACUUGCUGAUUGACAAACAGGGAAUGCUGAAAAUUGCUGAUUUUGGCCUUGCAAAUUAUUUUAAUCCCAACAAAAAGCGUCCUCUUACAAGCAGAGUGGUGACACUCUGGUAUAGAGCACCAGAACUGCUCUUGGGUACCACAGAUUAUGGCGUUGGUAUUGACCUCUGGAGUGCAGGUUGCCUUCUUGCUGAAAUGUUUGCAGGGCGGCCAAUCAUGCCUGGAAGGACUGAAGUUGAGCAGCUUCAUAGGAUAUUUAAGCUGUGUGGAUCCCCGUCAGAGGAUUACUGGAGAAAACUGAAACUCUCUUCAAGUUUUAGACCUGUGCAACCUUAUAAAUCAAGUAUUUCAGAGGCUUUCAAAGAUUUCCCCUCAUCUUCUUUGGGUUUGUUGACAAUGCUUCUUGCAUUGGAUCCCUCAUAUCGUGGUAGUGCAGCUUCUGCUCUCCAGAAUGAAUUCUUUAGCAUGAGUCCUUUGGCUUGUGACCUUUCUGGUCUGCCUGAAAUUUACAAAGAGGAAAAUGAUGAACCAGGUCAACUACAUGAAAGAAGAAGGCGCAAGGGUGGCAAAUUAAACCGACGGUCUCGUACAUCAAAAGAAGGAAAAAGAAAAACAGAGACCACUAUGGUCCAACCAAAAGGAGAUUCCAGAUCUUCCAAGGAGGAAAAGGUUGCAGAUCCUGGUAGAUCUAGUGAUGAUUUUGGCAGUACCACAGGAAGCACUUCAUCUGGUGUAAAACCAAGGAACCAUUCUGUGAGCCCACCUGAAACUGAAUCAAUGGUAAUAUCAUCUCUCCGUGAAAGACAACGCAGAACAGAGGGUCAUCCUUUGGCCACUAAGAACAUUAAGAAUUUACCUCCAGUAACAAUCACUGAAAUAACUGAUCUGGAUGAUGAUAAAAGCAUUGAGAAGAUUCGUCAUUAUGGUCUUGAUAAGAGGUCUGCCUCAAUGUCAAUUUAUCGUAGAGUAGAUGAUAUACAUAUACCAAAACCUUCCGUUUUUGUUGAUUAAAACCAAGGACAGGGUUCAUUUGUGUU